AUGGCUGUUUCCGGUGUUGCUUGUACACUUGAGUUAGUAGUAGAAAUUAGUAGCUCAGCAGACAUGUUUUGGGAAUCUCUUAAAACUUGGUCAGCUAUUUUUCCGGAGGUUCUACCCGAGACUUAUAAGAGUAUUGAAGUAAUUGAAGAAAUGAAUGGAGAAAAGAAUGGAUCUGUUACCCUCUGGAAAAUAAAUCCAAGUACAUUGGUUGAAGGGGCUCCCGUUAUGAUGGAAGAGAUGAAAAAAAUAGAAAAUCUGGAUGAACUAACCAAGACAAUAACUUACAGUGUUAUUGGUGGAGAUUUAUUAAAGCUUUACAAAAGUUAUGAACCUCGGCUUAUAGUUACUCCAAGUGAUCAUAAGGUUUUUGAUGAAGAAGACGAGAAGGUCGAAAAAAGAGGAGGGACUGUGAAGUGGUCAGUGAAGUAUGAGAAAGUAAAUGAGAUGGUUCCCGAACCUUACAUGAUUAAGGAAAUGAUCUAUAAGACCAUACUCAAAAUGGAUGAAUACAUCCUCGCUAAGAUAAAAGAAGUGACAAGUGAUAAUUACUGA